AUGAAAUUGGUGAAUUUUUUAAAGAAACUUCGUAAUGAACAAGUAACCAUAGAAUUGAAAAAUGGUACCACAGUUUGGGGCACUUUACAAACCGUAUCUCCACAAAUGAACACAACUUUAACAGACGUAAAAUUGUCGUUACCUCGUAAUGCCUCUCAAGGCAUCUCAGCUGGAUCGGUUGCUAUAGCUUCUGUAUAUUUAACGAAUGGAACUAGCGGUACAAGUAAUAAUAAUCCAACAGGAAUUGAAUCUUCUACAACUUCAUUACAAUACAUCAAUAUCCGUGGUAAUACAAUAAGACAAAUAAUAUUGCCAGAUUCAUUAAAUUUAGAUUCGUUACUCGUUGACGAAAAGGAAUUAAACAAAUUAAGGAAAUUAGGGAAAGUGUCAGAUGAUUCCAAUAGAAAGAGGAAGCGUGGGUUUAGUGAGAAUACCACGAAAAGAGUAAGAAGAGCUCUAUAA